AUUGUCUCAUCUACAACCUUGCUUCUGUAUUUUUUUUUAUUACAUUCCUUUUACUUUUUUUUUUCUUUCUUUUUUUCUUUUUCCUUUAUUUUAUAUUUCUAUCUACUUUGGAUAGAUUCUAUAUCUUGAUAUCAUGCAAACCGGUGGUGCGGCUUCGGCUCAAGUGGAGGAAGAAUUGGCUCAAAUUCGACGGUAUGAAGACUUUAGUACUAUUGAUUGGGUCAAGGAUGCAACAUUAGAAAGAUAUCGACAAUCUUCAGUGCAAUCUCAAAACUUGAACGAUCAAAGCUGGCGAGCUUGGUGGAAACUGACAUUUGAAACCUUUCAAACUUGGAUUGUAGUAUGUAUGGUAGGAGCUGCCAUUGGACUUAACUCAGCCUUGAUUGCCAUUGUCACCAACUGGUUAUCCGAUAUCAAAUUAGGUUAUUGUGCCAACGCGUGGUGGUUGAAUAAAAAGUUUUGUUGUUGGGAAAUCGAAGAAGAACAUGGUGUAUGUGGACAAUGGGUACCUUGGAGUGAUGCUUUAGAUUUAGGACAUGAUUUAUAUAUUAUCACUUGGUUCUUUUAUGUGGUUUGGGCUACUUUGUUUGCUACUACAUGUGCUUAUUUGGUCAAGGUACUCGCACCUUACGCUGCUGGUUCCGGUAUCUCUGAAAUCAAAUGCAUCAUUGCUGGUUUUGUUAUGCGUGGUUUCCUUGGUGGUUGGACUUUAGUGAUGAAAAGUGUUGGUUUGACUAUGGCUGUGGCUUCGAAUCUAUCUAUUGGAAAAGAAGGACCAUCAGUUCAUAUGGCUUGUUGUGUUGGUAAUGUUAUCUCAAGAAGUUUUCAAAAAUUUCGAUCGAGUAAAGCUGAAAUGAGGGAAAUCUUGACAGCUUCUAGUGCUGCAGGUGUUGCUGUAGCCUUUGGAUCUCCUAUUGGCGGUGUCCUCUUUGCUUUGGAAGAAAUGAGCACUACAUUUCCAAAUCGUACCAUGUGGAAAAGUUUCUUUUGUGCCAUGAUUGCCACUAUUGUAUUACAGGCUAUGAAUCCAUUUCGAACAGGCAAAUUAGUCAUGUUUCAAGUUAGCUAUGAUCGUGAAUGGCACUUUUUUGAAUAUCUCUUUGUAGUGGUUAUCGGUAUUUUUGGUGGAUUAUAUGGUGCUUUGGUGAUCAAAUAUAAUAUCAAGGUAGCUGAACUUCGAAAGAAAUAUUUGAAGGAUUAUCCUGUUGCUGAAGCUGCUUUCCUUGCCUUUGUCACUGCAUUGAUUGCCUUUCCAAAUGUGUUUUUACGGAUCGACAUGACUGAAAUUAUGGGAAUCUUGUUUAGAGAAUGUGAAGGAGAAGAAGGUGAAAACUAUGCUGGGUUAUGUCAGGAAAGUCAAGUCGGUCGCAUACUCUUUUUACUCUUUGUGGCAACCUUUCUUCGAACUCUUGGAACAAUUGCUACAUAUGGCGCCAGAGUCCCUUGUGGAAUAUUUGUACCAUCCAUGGCAAUUGGAGCUACUUUUGGACGAAUGAUCGGUUUGAUUGUGAAAUCAUGGCAUUUAUCUAAUCCUGAUUUCUUUUUAUUCUCAUCAUGUCGACCUGAUAUGCCUUGCAUUACGCCAGGUACAUAUGCUUUUCUUGGGGCAGCUGCAGCAUUAUGUGGUGUGAUGCGGAUAACCGUGUCUGUUGUUGUUAUCAUGUUUGAAUUGACUGGUCAAAUCACUUACAUCUUGCCAACAAUGAUUACUCUGAUGGUGACUCGAGCAGUGGGUGAUUGGUUUGGCUCUGGAGGCAUUGCUGAUCGAUAUAUACGAUUGAAUGGAUACCCUUUCUUGGAUAGUGAAGAUCACGUUUUUGGCGUUCCAGUAUCUCAUGUCAUGCAAGACAAAGUAACAGUGAUGACUGCGACAGGCAUGACCUUUGCUGAUAUAGAUAAUAUCCUUGAAAACACCAACUACCGUGGAUUCCCUGUGGUUCAAGAUAAAAGUAGCAUGACCUUGAUUGGAUAUAUUGGGCGAUCCGAAUUGAAGUAUCUUGUGACGAGGGCUCGAAAGGUAAACAAAGCACAUGCAGCUACCAUUUGCCGGUUCCGGUCAGAUUCGGAUGAUUUGGAAGUAUUGACAGAUACUCCCAAUGAUGAUGGUUAUAUUAUCCGUGGAUCAUCAGAAUCAGUGGAUUUUGGACCUUAUGUAGAUCAGACACCACUUACCGUGCAUCCACAACUUUACUUGGAAACUGUCAUGGAUAUGUUCAAGCAAUUAGGACCUCGUGUGAUAUUACUGGAACAACGUGGAAAACUAGUUGGAUUGGUGACGGUCAAGGAUGUGUUGAAAUAUAUUGUAUAUAUGGAAAAUUCAAGAUCUCCUUACAGUGAACCAGAAAGUCAAGCAUUAGGACGCAUCAUGGCUUGGGUAUCUCAGCGAUCUACUCGAUUCAGUGGUGCUUAUCGUCGUGUCAACAGUCGACCAUCUGAAGAUGAUGAUUUAGAAUUGAUCAGUCAAUGAUCUCUAUUUUUUUUUUCUCUCUUUAUAGUUUUAGUUUUUAUUGUAUAUUACCCCCCCCCUUUCUCCUCCUUAUGAGCACAAAUAAACCUUACUGUUGUAUUCCUUUUCUGUUCA